CGAAGGGUCAGUCAGUGAGGCCCGAGCCAGCCCCGCGCGCGCACCGCCGGGACACGCCGCCCGCACGCUCACAAAUAGUCACUUUUCCUCGACCCUCCGGUGAUAAUUCCGUGGAUCUACUGUGCGAUAUUGUAAAGUGCAUGUUCUGAGAUAUUGAUGAAUGCCUUCUGGAGAUGUUGGGCAGUGUCUGAGUAGAAAAUCAGACAUAGAGAAAAAGUUUUAGUGGAGCAGUGAGGCCACGCGCUGGCAGGCCGGGGCUGGAGUGUGCUGUGAGCUUAGCGUUGAGAUUGUUGUUGUUGUGUGGCAGUGAUCGCAGCCAGAAGGGAUAUACUCGUGGAUAAACUGCCUGUGGAUGUUAGAGAAAUGAAGGCAUGGUAGUGAGGGAGGGGCCAGCCUAAGCAUGGUGAGGUGCUGUGAGCUCGGCAGGGGCCUACGCCCCCUGCCCCUCUCAUGGACUCGCCCCCUCCUCCUCCUGCUUCUCCUCUCCGGCCUCGGCGAUCUGAUGGCGUCCUCCGCGCAUGCUUUCGCCGUUCCCGACAGUGAGCGGCCGCGGUACAGGACGGCCUAUGCGUGCGAGGGCUCCACACUCAACAUGGACUGCGACCCGGGCCAUGUCAUCAACCUUAUCCGAGCCAACUACGGUCGCUUCAGCAUCACCAUCUGCAACGAGCAUGGCAACACCGAAUGGUCCGUCAACUGUAUGAGUCCGCGUUCCCACAGAGUCCUGCAUGAUAAGUGCAGUCAGCGGCAGAACUGCAGCGUGGCAGCCUCCACACGGGGCUUUGGCGAUCCCUGCCCGGGAACACUCAAGUACUUAGAGGCGCACUUCCAAUGUGUUCCAGUGAACCCGCCCUCACACACUGCCCGGCCCCGCCCGCCCUGGUUCAUCGCCACCGUCAGCUCCAUCACGGAGGACGAUCCCCCGAUCCCCUCUCCCCCGGCCAAGGGAGGAGCGGGUGGGGCGGGUAGCGGGGCAGGAGCAGGCGUCGGUACCCAAGUGAACGACGACAGAGAGGCAGGAGAGCGUGAAGGCAGCGGGAGGAAAGGCGGGGCGGGAGGUGGUAGCGGUUCAGGGGACGACACUGGCUUGAACCUUGAGAACCGCGUGAAAGGAACCCCAAUAGAAGACCUGCCGCAGUCCACCACAUCCUCCACCACCACCACAACGCUGCGUCCACCGCCAUGGCUCAUCACCAACACCACAAAGAACACUACGACCUCCACGACCACUACUACCACCACCACCACGACCUCCACGACCCUCAAGCCUGCCUCCUCCUCCACGACCACCACCACUGCGCCGCAGACUAAUCUCAACGCGCCCUCAGGGUCUGGGGGCGCGGGAGGGGAGAGCGAGGGUGGCCUGAGUGGGGACGAGGCGCCGACCAACCCUGGAGACAAGAGCCCUGAAAACCCUGACAAGGAAAUCUUCGCAACGUCCACUGUCUCCACCACAACCAUGUGGUCGCCGAGGGCCGAGUUGCCGUCCACUGGCAGCGGCCCCGUGGGCAGCGAGGUGUCCUGGUGCCCGCCCACCUCGGGCCGCGGUCUCAUCUGGAACUGGACUCAGGGCGGCGAGACUGCCGUGCAGCCCUGCCCCGGAGGAGCCUCAGGAUGGGCGCGACGGCCCUGCGACCCCAUGGGGCUGGCGGGCGCGGCCGACCUGAGCGAAUGCCGCAGCAUGUGGCUUUCCACACUCACCUCCCGGGCACACAUCGACGACGCCGUGCUUGCCGUGUCGCACGACCUGGCCAGCGUGACGGCGUCCAGGGCGCUGUACGGUGGUGACGUAACAGCCACGGCGCGCAUCCUCAACAGCUUGGCGCGGCGCAUGGCCAACGACGUCAACGACUUCCCUGACAUCAACCAGCGCGAGGCGAUGGUGACGGAGCUGGUGAGCACCGCCGUGGCCACAGGCUCCAACCUGAUGGGCGGCCAGCAGGCGGCGUGGGCGGACUUGCGUCCUUUGGAGCACCGGGCGGCGGCCACCUCGCUACUGCUGGGCCUGGAGGAGACGGCCUUCCUGCUGGCCAACAACCUGCACCACGAGAAGACAGUGAGGCACGCCGAGCCCAACAUACUACUAAGACUUCAAGUAAUGGAGACCAGGAACGUGGAGGCCGUCACCUUCCCGUCACCAGGAGAAACAUGGCUGACUGACAAACCAACCCCAUCUAGUGACCCCGCCUCGACUCCCUCUGAACACGACCCUAUGACCACCACGGGGGAGCAGGACGCCUCGCAAUCCUACCCGAGUGAAGAUAUCCUACAGGACCUCUCCGGGGAUGUCUCUAAGGUGCCGCAAGAUACCAUUAUACCACCAGAGGCUCUGCUUGAGAACUCGGAGAACGGGUUGGUGAAGAUGGUGUUUUUCAGCUAUGAUGGGCUACACUAUCUUCUUCAGCCAGAUGACCGAGCUUAUACCACCAGCGAGGCCAAUUUCAAGGGCGUGAACGAGACUCGGGUCCUCAACUCCCGGGUCCUGUCUGCCUCUCUCGGUGCGGGGCGUCACAUCGAGCUGUCGGAACCUGUCGUCCUGACCUUCACGAUGCUGAGGACUGUGAAUGUGACCAACCCCGCCUGCGUCUUCUGGGACUACACUACCAGCUCCUGGUCUGAGGAAGGGUGUCGCGUCCUGCGCUACAACACCACCCAUACGAUAUGUGAGUGUGACCACCUCACCAACUUCGCCGUGCUGAUGGACGUCCACGCCACGCCCCUGAGCUACCCGCACCACCUCGCCCUGUCCAUCAUCACCUACGUGGGCUGCGUCAUCUCCAUCGUGUGUCUGCUGCUGGCCACCAUUGUCUUUCACGCCUUCAGGGGUCUCAAGAGUGAUCGCACCACCAUCCAUAAGAACCUGUGCGUGUGUCUGCUGAUCGCGGAGACGGUUUUCCUAGCGGGCAUCAACCAGACGGACAAGCCGGUGGUGUGCGGGGUGGUUGCUGGACUCCUGCACUUCUUCUUCCUCGCUGCUUUCGCCUGGAUGUUCAUGGAAGGGUUCCAGCUGUACGUGAUGCUGGUGGAGGUGUUUGAGGCUGAGAAACCAAGGGCGCGAUGGUACUAUGCGGCCGCUUAUGGCUUCCCCGCGAUAGUGGUGGCCGUGAGUGCCGUAGUGGACCCUUUCAGCUAUGGCACCAAGGAGGUUUGCUGGCUCCGCACCGACAACUACUUCAUCUUCGCCUUCGUCGGCCCCGUCAUCGCCGUCAUCAUCGCCAACUCCGUAUUUCUGAGCAUGUCCUUGUUCAUCAUGUGCCGCCACGCCAAUCUAUCCAGCUCCCUCAAGAACAAGGAACACACCAAGCUGGCCUCCGUCAGGACUUGGGUUCGUGGUGCUGUGGUGCUGAUGGUCCUUCUUGGCCUCACAUGGACUUUUGGACUGCUGUACCUCAAUCAGGCAUCAAUGGUGAUGGCAUACAUCUUCACCAUCUUCAACUCCCUCCAGGGACUCUUCAUCUUCAUCUUCCACUGCAUCCAGAAUGAUAAGGUGAAGAAGGAGUUGCGUAGGGCAGGGCGACGCCACCCAUGGCUGCGGGCGUGUCUCUGUGCCGCCGCCGACCGCACUCAGGCCAGCAAGGACACCCGCUCCUCCUCCCACAAUGUUGGCCCACACUCACAGCCCAACUCGCACGCCUCUCACACACUUGUGCCACGACUGACAUCAGGUCGUUGGACACGGGGGGGCAGCAAGGGCAGCACGACAACCUCCUCCUCCCAGGCGGGGGCAGUGCCCCAGUUGCCGCCCACUGCGGGGCCGCUAAGGGCGGGCUCCCUGUCCAGGGGGUCCCUCAACCGCACCCCUCAGAGGAACAGCAACAACCGCUUGGCUCGCCAGCACCACACUCUUCAUGCCCGCACCGCAGCGCACGACCACGAAGAUGAGAAGUACUCGUUUAAGUCCUGUGGGCGGGACAGUGGACACGGAGGCUCUGAACAGGAGGACUCUCCCCGCAGCGGCCCUGCACCAAAACUGUCCUCCCUGCGCCUCAACAACAACGUGGUGCCUCACCUCACCCAGGACCACCUCGUCAACCCCUUCACCACCGCCACCUCCACCACCACCACAGCUGGUGGUGGCGGCAACAAUGGCAGCCACAGCCAGACUCCCCCCGGACCCGAGGCUCUGCUGCCAGACUACCGCCUGGCAGGGGACGCCCCCACCCUGCGGCUGCCCUGCUCCACUGCCGCAUCCCGUGCCCACCGCACCCACUCCCCCUGGAACCACACCUACACAGAGAUCCCGGAUGGGGUGGCUGUGGCCCGCCAGGCCCCCAUGGAGGGUGGGGCAGACCCAGUGUAUGAGGAGAUAGAGCGAGAGGGCCGCUCAGAGCUGCAGGUGAGCGAUCUGAGUGAUGAGGAUGGCCGCCGCCACAGCUCAGACAUCUCCCGCCAGUCAUCCCGCAGCUAUGGCGACCACCGGCCCCUGCUGCCCUACACCCUGCCUGACCAGCACUCUGCCCCCCACCACCACCAGCCCCAGUACGACCCGCGUCUCAAGGGCCGCCUGCGUCACCAGGAUGGCAUGAUUCUGGACAACCCUCACUCCCACACCCUGCCUGGGGGUCAUCUGGGGCUAGGGGGACAGCUAGACCACACCAUAGUCAGUCCCGGUCACAUCCUCCCCAUGACGCACGCCGCCAUCACCUCAGCCCACGCUCUGCCUCAUGGAAACGGCCACAUUGCCUCCCAGCAGUACCUGGACGGUGGGCCUCACCUGGUGAACAGUGGACAGUUAAUUGAAUCGGUCCCUCAGUACAGUCAGGCCAUGCUGGCCACAUUGGGACAUCCCCUCCCAGUGGUCCACCCUCUCAGCGAACCAAACCUGCGUAACUGGGAGGCAGCACAGCGGCAUCGGGACCUGCAGCAGCUGCAGCAGCUGGGUGAAAUGACAGUGGCGGUGCUGAGUGGUGAGCAGGUGGUGUGCAAGCUGAAGCCUCCAUUGGCUCCCAUUGAUGAGAACACAGGGACAGCCCAGGUGGAGCGACACCCUCCCCCCCCAACGUACAGCCAUUGCUAGGGCCUCUGUAUAGUCAUAGUUGUGUACAUAUGUGUAUAGUGCUUUAAAACCCAUUAAAGGCCUUUAUGCUUCAUGAAUGUAAGUGUGUGCAAGUGACAAAUCAUACUCAUGAUAAUCAUUGCAAUGGAUAAUUUACAUCUAGGUACGUAUCGAUAAUCAUGUGGAUCUGAGUGUUGCAAAUUCCCUUGAGGACACAGCGUGCGUGACUUGAGCGAGGAGCCACAAGCCCACCACCCUAGUCAGACCUUCAGCAGGAGGACUCCGCCACCAAGCACAAGGGAAGACAAGGAAAACGCCAAUAUUUUCUGCACCUUUUGACUGGGUUGUGAUAAGCCCUUCUCAUGUAAAUACUAGAACAGUUUCAUAAGAAAAAACAAAGUGUUCAGAAAAUACAUGUAGUAAUGGACAUUGUAAUAGCAAGUGACUAUGGUUGUGAGGAUUUGCCAAGAUCCUGCCAGUGACUCCUUCUGCUGGGGACCCCAACCUGCCAGAACCACUACGGACAGGAGGCCUCAUGUGGGUGGCAGUGGUUCCUUUGCGUGGAUGUAUUUAUUGCACAUUUUAUGAAAGUAAUGUUGUAGAUAGGCACAGUAAGAACACUAAAGUAAACACUAAAAUUACAUUGAUCAAAUUUCUCUUAGUGAUGAUUGGAACAAGUGUAAGGAAUUAAAUUUUGAAGCAAUACAGUAAAGCAGAGAUGCGGCUGAGCACAUUAUUAGACGGGGUUUACCCACAUUUUGAGUUUGGCAUGGAGUGAGUCGCCCAAGUUCAGGCAUUUGGGAAGCUGCCAUGAAUCUUCCGAACACACACAAAGAAACAUAAUAGUGUCAUAAGAAGUGGAUCAUUGAAAAACCUCAGCCGGUGCAUACUGUAUUUCCUUUCCUUUUUUUUUUUUUUUUUUUUGGUGUUUACAAGUGGGAGAGGUAAAGCUUGGCACCAAACACCUGAGCUUGGCGAGAGUCAGUCCGUGCGUCAUUCCACACCUGUAAUUUGCUGCCUGACCAAGCAACAUUCUCAAGGAUCUGUCCCGUUCACGAAUCCUAACCGUGUUUGUAUUUUUUGCUUCUCAGUUGUGCAUUUUUUCUUUCAUAAGUGUUUUACAUUUUUUAUAUCCUAACAUUACCUAAAAAUAUAAUUUGUAAUGCAUUAGAUGUCACUCCUUAGGCAUAUGUUGUUACAGUCUUGCUUUGUUCUUUUUUUUUUACUGGCACUUGUCGCUUACAGAGUUGUAGCAAUAAUGUGUUUUCUCCUCACUCGCGCAGAGACCCACCACCACCACCACACUACCACCAUCACCACCAUUACCACCUGAUGUGAGGUUCUUGCUCUAGUUUCAAGUAUCAAGAGUACUUUAGUUAGUCAGCCAGAAGUGCUCUGUUGAUAUGAGUCGAAAAAAUAACAGAGAUGGCAACUAAAUUUUUAGGUUUAACAUGUAAAGAACUCAUGAAAUACCUGGUGACUAAUUAGACAGGACAUAGGUAUACGAUACACACACACACACACACACACACACACACACACACACACACACACACACACACACACACACACACACACACACACACACACAAGUCCCAAGAACAGUAUUUUGUUCCUAAUCAAAGAUGAGGUCUAAUCUUGCGUCUGUAGCCACAAGAGGAACUGAAACCCUGGAUGCUAACAGUGUCCAUCUUAAACUUACAGUAAAAGCAAAACUUCCACUGGCUUAACAUAUAUCUGUGCCUCUCUCAUGUGUAGUCAUUGUAUAGACUCAACUCUGUUUUGUAAUAUUUUGUAUGUAAACUGUGAUACAUGUAUUAAAUGAACAAGAAUCUAUCGCCAAAUUGAUAUCAAAUAAAUUAUUGUGAAAUGU